UAAUAAUAAUAAUAAAAAUUUGCUGAUGAUUCCAGGUGCUAAUUUAUCUUGACUGAAUCGCGGAUCCUAGUUCCUUUUUUGGAUCAACCCACCCGCUGUACCGUACCUUGAAUCUCAUGGCGGCCGCCGACCCCGAAGUUACAGUUAUUUUGAUUGACAAUUCUGAAAGGGUGCUCAUGCAUAGUGAAAUCUAUGAAGCUCAACAGGAGGCUAUUAAGUUCUAUUGUAAAACUAAAUUUAAGUGUAAUCCAGAGAAUAAUGUGGGCUUAAUGCCAAUGGCUAAACAUCAUGCUCUUAUGGUUUCCCCUACUCGUGAUCUUUCAAAAAUCCUACGCUUCCUUGACAUUGAUGUAUGUUAUAUGGGUGAGGUGGAAGCUAUACGUGGGAUACAUGGUGCAUGUUCAAUUCUCUCCAAGAGUCCCUUACAUAUGAAGAAGAGGAUACUUAUGUUUGUAGGAGGGCCUAUAAAUAUGCAUAUAGGAGAUGAAGAUGAAUAUGGAAAUUAUCUCAAACAUCAGGGUGUAGCUUUAGAUGUUGUCAAUUUCUUUUUAGUGGACAUAGCUUUUGCGUGCUCUAGUUUAUUAUUUGGUGAAUACUGUUAUGCAAGGAGGGAGCUUGGUGAACUUGUUACCAUUGUCAAUGACAAUGGCAACAGCCACAUAGUAGAUGUUAAAGAUGAAUCUUCUGUUAUUAAGAUCUUAUCCGAUUCUAUUUUAAAAGACCAUCUCCAUUACAUUGAGAAGAAAACUGCUGCAGACGCUGAAGCAUCCAGAAUCCAGUUUGUUAAACCAGAGUCGAAGAAUGAAAGUGCUGCAGAUGAUGAAUAUUUUCAAGCACCGGGAACUGAAUAUGUCAAACAAUACCCAGCAAAAAAGACUCCCCAUAUAGAUUCUAAAAUCAGAGAAGAUUUAAGCCGUUGCAGAAUAGGUAAACAAGGGUUGGACCCGUCUCACAAUGAGAAAAAUCAGAAGCCAAUGUUGAAACAAGUUUUGGAACUGUCUCACAAUGAUAAGAAUAGAUUUAAGCUGUUGCAGAAUAUGUUAGAAGAAUAGAUUUAAGCUGCUGCAGAAUAUGUUAGAAGAAUAGAUUUAAGCCGUUGCAGAAUAUGUUAGAAGAAUAGAUUUAAGCCGUAGCAGAAUCUGGGAAACAUUUCCCCCAAGCGACAGAUCGGAAGCCCGGAGAGGAUGAAGGUGAAGUCGGAAGCUCCCUGGUGUUGCUUAGUGUUUAACAUUUUCCUGGUGCAGAAUUGUUUAUGUUUGUCUGCAAAACAAAACAAAACCAUACAAUAUGAAUCAAUGUUUGUAAUCAUCAUACUACUAUACCCUCAUCCUAUCCGCUUGCGCGAAUUUGUUAAUCUGCUGAGUGUUUUCAAUGACUUAUUAUGCAUUACAUAUCA